CUCUCCGGGUGGUGUGUUGUUGGGUUUUUAAGACAAGGACGAAGGUUAGGAACUGGGCAAAGAAGGACACACACAACCACGCACAAUGAAGACUGUACUGAUAGUACUAGUGUUGGCUCUCUUGUCAGCAGCUUUAGGAGCAAAGCCUAAAACACGCUUUACACGCUACCGCUCAUGGAACUCAGGAAUAUAUCCAGUGUGGAAAGAUGGGGACUCCCGAUACAGAGACUGUUGGACUGGUGGAGAAGUUACAUUCGAUGUGAAAAAUGAUGCACCCACCCUGACUGGCGCAAAGGCAACCUUUAACAUCGACCUUCGCUUCCCAUCAAACCAGACAGUGCUUCCUGAUGGACAGGUGGUGUGGGCGCGUAACUGCACUGUCAAUGGAACACAGUACCGUCAAGGCCAGGCUGUGUAUCCCGACCAGGUCUCUGGUCCUUCAGGAGAGUACAGCGGAGUCUUCCCUGAUGGCACCCCCUUCACUGGGACCGCAGACAGGAAACCACACUACGUGUUUGUGUGGAAGACAUGGGGACGUUACUGGCAGGUGGCGGAUGGGACCUCCUCCUCUCUCACCAUCGGCACAGACAAUGUGCCCCUAGGCUCUUACAACAUGGAAGUAGUCAUCUACCACUGCCGUGGCAAGGACAAGUUCAUCCCUCUGGGCUAUGCCUCAACAACCUUCUCCAUCACAGACCAGAUCCCCUUCGCAGUGUCACUGACUCAAAUUAACGAUGUGAACGAGGCUGACCAGAGCUUCAUCCAGAAUCGGGCCAUUGCCUUUAGCAUCAGCCUCCACGACCCCAGCCAGUACCUCAGCGCCUCAGACGUCACUUUUAACUGGGACUUUGGUGACAACAGUGGCACCCUCAUCUCCAGGGAGCACCAGGUCACACAUACAUACCUCAACACUGGCACAUACAGGCCUCAGGUGGUCCUGAUGGCAAGCAUCCCCAACGUCUGUGACACACCUGCAGACCCCACCGCUGCCAGCCCCACUGUGAUGCCUAUGGAUCCCUCCGGUGCUCCUGCCGUUGUUAUGGUGGUCUCUACCCCAAGGGCAGCUCAAGCUGACAUCGCCCUGGAUGUGCCUGCCUCUGAAGUUGCCCCUGCUGAGGCUGCCGACACAGCUGCAGUUGACGCUGAUGCCACAGACACAGAUGCAGCUGCAGCCGAAAACCAAGCCAUAGCUGAAGCAGCACCCACAGCUGACGACGCAGCCGCAGAGGGAGUCGAGGUGGUUGCCUCAGCAGCAGAUGCUCCAGCCGUCAUCCCAGCAACAGAGGACCCUGCCUCUGUCCCUGCAGUAGAAGCCGAUGCCACAGCAGAAGACACGGCUGCUGCAGCCAUUGAGGUCCCUGCCCCUGUGCCAGCUGUGGAGGGAGCCACAGCUGCCUCCGUCACCCCAGCAACUGAAGAGGCAGCUGCUGUUGAUGCUGAUGCAGCUGCCGAAACAGCAGUGGUAGAUGCGACGGCUGCAGAUGUGCCCGCCAUCAACGCUGCUGCUUCAGUUGCUCCAGUUGCAGAGGGAGAAGAGGCCACAGUGGACCUGACGGCCACAGUCCUCCCAGAGGUCCCAGCUGUAGCCACCGUUACAUCCGUGGAGGAGGCAACCGUAGUUGCCGAUGCUGAGGUGGUGGCUGAGGUUGCGGCUGCAACAGAGGUGGCCCAGGUCGAGACGGUGGCCCCUGCUGCUAAUGUCAUUGUUCUUGCCGCCACGGAGGCUGCAGCUGUGGUGGAGGUGGUGCCAGCUGAACUUGCUCUUGAGGCCGAGGCAGAGCUAGAAGCAGAGGUCGUAGAGACAGUGAAUGAGGUUGCAGCUGAUGCCACUGCAGCGCCAGCAGCAGUGUCUGCUCCAGUGGAGAGUGAGGUAGCAGCAGAGGCUGAGAUAGAGGCAGGCACAGAGACACAGGUGGCUCUUGUUGUGGCUAAAAGACAGGCUCCUGAACUUACCGCGGCUGACAACUGUAUGAUAUACCGCUACGGCUCCUUCUCGACCGCUGUGGACGUUGUCCAGGGUAUUGAGAGUGUGGCGAUCACCCAGGUGGCCAACGUGGUGUCUCUGGCCACUGAGGUUGUGCAGAAUGCUGUGGACCUGACCAUCACCUGCCAGGGGAGCCUGCCCAAUGAAGUGUGCACCAUCAUCUCGGACGAAGACUGCAUCACGCCUGUGGAGACCAUCUGUAGCAACGUGACACCCUCCCCAGAUUGUCAGAUGAUCCUUCGCCAGUUCUUCAACGACUCUGGAGUGUUCUGCAUCAACGUGUCCCUGACCAAUGAUGUUAGUCUGGCUGUGGCCAGUGCUAAAGUUAGUGUGACUGUGGGCUCCAACUCCUCCCCAGCAGGCACUGUGGCCGCGGUUCUGGGUGUCAUGGUCAUUGUCUGUGUUGCUGGUGCCAUUGCUUUGACCUACAAGCGGUUUAACCAAUACCGUCCACUGAGGGAGGACUCAACUGGCGGCAGCAUGGGAAGCUCUGGAAACACGUCUGUGCCGAUGCUGCUGUGGAACCUUCUGAGCCGACAGUCACCAGGAGAAAGAAGCCCAUUGCUUCAGGGAAGGGUGGUGUGAAAACUCACAACCAUCUGCACUGAUAAAGCACACACUCAUGCAUGCAUGUUAACACUUAAAUAUCACUCAGACACACAUAUCCACUCAGUAACUCUGAAAUACGCAUAUACAUGUUAACACAUUGCAGACUCAGACACACACAGCCACCCUAAUGCAGAGACAAAACGCAACAAGAACAAGCAGUUGUAUUCUGUAUUGUUACACUGAAAGCAACUUUAAUAAGAAACUAUAAUGUAUUAGAAAUGUAUACAUUUUCAACACAGAACAAAAAAGAAACCCCAAAAGCCAAAAUAAUGUGUUUGUUUCUGCCGUUGCAUCACUUGUGACAAAAUAUUAUAUUUAUUUUGACCCACAUACUUUUUUAUUUAAGAAAAGAAAAACUGAUGAACGUUUACAAAAAUGUAGCAAUUUAUGCUGUGCUUUUUCUGUUAUUACUCACUCUUCCUUAGAAUGUAAUCAUAAUGACUGCCUCUUGUAACCUUCCAACACAUUCAUUUUCUUUGUUAACUGGUCUCUGAAUUUGAAUUGCCAAAAACAAAUCACAGCACUGUGAUAUAACAUAUAUAAUGUCACCCCAAAAAUAAGCAUUCAAAUGUAAAUUAUGUAAGAAUCUUCAACCACCGGUAUACCUUCACAUUUUCCUAGUCCUAUCUAAGCUUGCAUUCUUGCUUUUGUCCUCCAUGCCCUUACUAAACUAGCACUGAUAUUCCUGUCCAAAGAUCAAGAAAUGUAAGCGCGUUGAGUGGUUUAUUAUUGAUGUGAGUCUUGAUGUCUAUUCAGAAUUGAACUGUUUUGGGUGUUAUCGUUACAUUGCCACCAAUAAAGAGGAGGAACCCAUUCCUGAAGCAGAACAGAGGUUUGGCCACAGGGUGGCAUAGUAAAAGUACUGUAGCAUUGAAAUGAACUGAGUGAAGUCUAAGGAAAAUAGAGGUAUUGAAGGAAAGUCCAUGCAAAUUAUAGAGCUCUAAUUGUCACCACAAUCAAUACUAAAGCUGUCUCUUCUUAUUGUAAACCAGUUGAUGUCAGAAGUAAAAUAUGAUUUACAUGAUUAAAUCUAAAGAAUAAGAUAUUGCUUUUACGUUAUGUAUUUCAGAUAAAAAAUGAUAUAAAAAGAACCAUGGGGAAAAUGCAAUGAUGUGUCGGUUUGAGAUAAAUAAAAAGAAAGGCACAA